UCUGACAACACUGCGCGUGAACUAAACAGGACGAAGAACAAGCAAAAUGGCGUUCGACGGGGAAGACGUUAUAAUUAAUACAGCACUGUGUUCUUAUUCAGCACGUACAUGUACACAUUUGUGUCGUGUUAUAGAGUAAACAUCGUUAUUAAUUGUUUGUAUCCGGAUACAUUAGUCUGAGUGCACGUUGACAUGAAGCUCCCCGUGCUAGCAUAGCUGGCUAGUUAGCUUAGCUUGUUAGCCGCUAACAAAGACGGGCGGAAGUGAUGAAAACACAUCGCUAAGCAGAGAUCAAGUGUGAGUGUAAAGUGUUGUGAUUGUGUGAAAAAUGUGCGAAAGAACGAGAGCAGAGUACGAGGAGGAACUUUGUCCAACAAAAGAGGAGAAGGAGCGACAACGUCAACUACUGGACGCUGUUUUCAAGAAACAUCAAGUUGUGUCACACAGAACAGACAACCAGCGGCCCCCCGACGUUAAAGAGGAAAAGGAGGAAGUGUGGAUCACCCAGGUGGGACCGUGUCUUCCAGAGCAGGAGGAGGCUGAUCCCACCAAAUUUCCACUGACUGUUGUCUCUGUGAAGACCGAAGACUGUGAAGACAAACCACCUGAGUCCUCACAGCUUCAUCACAGUCCAAACGUCUGUCAGGAACAUCAUCUCCCUGAGCGACAGGGGUGGAGCUUUAGGAUGGAGCAGGAGAAGCCACAGCCCUCCUACAUUAAAGAGGAAGACGAGGCGCCACAGACCCCUCACAUUAAAAUGGAAGAGGAGGAACGCAGCAUCAGUCAGGAGGGAGAGCAUCCUAAAUGGUCGGAGGAGUUCCCAGUGACUGGUGUCCCUGUGAAGAGAGAAGAUGAUGAGGUCAAAUGGUUGGAGGAGCUCCCAGUGACUGGUGUCCCUGUGAAGAGUGAAGAUGAUGAGGUCAAAUGGUUGGAGGAGUUCCCAGUGACUGGUGUCCCUGUGAAGAGUGAAGAUGAUGAGGUCAAAGGGUUGGAGGAGCUCCCAGUGACUGGUGUCCCUGUGAAGAGUGAAGAUGAUGAGGUCAAAUGGUUGGAGGAGUUCCCAGUGACUGGUGUCCCUGUGAAGAGUGAAGAUGAUGAGUUCGAAGGUGGAAGUGAGGAGAAGAGAGAGGCGGAGCCUCCCAGCAGCUCAACAGAAGCUGAUGGAGACCACUGUGGAGGAUCACAAGCAGACAAGCUCUUAGCUCCACUAUCAGAUAGUGAGGACACAACGUCACACUCUCCUGACACUGAUGAUGAAGACUCUAAAGAUGAUAAGACAUGUCACGCUGACAACACACGCUUCACAUGUUCUCUCUGCGACAAAACUUUCAGUUACCGUUCUUGUCUGAAAACACACAUGAGAGCACACACCGGAGAAAAACCUUACUCCUGCUCAGAAUGCGGUAAAUGUUUCGCACGAAAGCAUGUGUUGAAAGAACACAUGCAAAUACACACCGGAGAAAAACCCUUUUCCUGCUUGGUAUGUGGUAAAAGUUUUGUACAAAGGCACAAUUUGAAAGUACACAUGAGAAUACACACCGGAGAAAACCUUUUUACCUGUUCAGUCUGCGGUAAAGACUUUGUGCAAAGACAGUAUUUGAAAGUACACAUGAGAAUGCACACCGGAGAAAAACCUUUUCCGUGUUCAAUCUGUGGUAAAGGUUUUGUGACUAGUCAAAAUUUGAAAGUGCACAUGAGGACGCACACCGGCGAAAAACCGUAUGCCUGUUCAAACUGCAACAAAGGCUUUUGUGACCGGUCAACACUUGUCAGACACAUGAGAACACACACCGGAGAGAAAGUGUUGUGUUGUGAUCUUUGUGGUGAACGAUUCUCUUAUAAGUACCAAUGUAAAAAACACAAGUGUGAGGGUGAGAACAGCAGCAGCACAUGAAUCUGCAGGAUUUUAAAUUAAUUGUAAAACAAAUUUAAUAAAAAAAAACAAAAUAUAUAUAUAUAUAUAUAUAUGUGUGUGUAUAUAUGGAUAUAUUAAUCAAUCUUAUAUGUAUGUAUAUAUAUAUAUAUAUAUGUGUAGAUAUGUAUGUAUGUAUAUAUAUAUAUAUAUAUAUAACUCAGUUUUUAAUUAUUCAUAAGAGUGUUUUAUGUAGGGGUUCGAUAUUAUAAAGAGUUCCAUAUUUCUAAUUGUAAAUGAUUCCAUGGUUAAACUCCAUGAUAUACACAUUUGUUCAUAACUUUACUCCCAUUAAAUCCCUCUUACUUCAUACUUACUGGUUCACAUCUGAAACAUCUUCUGGACCACUUUUAGAACCAUUUUACUCUCUUUUGUAGUAUAAAUAUUGUUUUGUGAUUGUUUUAUAUGUAUGUCCUUUUUGCAAUAAGCAAUGUAUGCUUCAGCAAAAGUUGAGUACAAUAAAUGUAGUCCAUA